AGAGGUUUUCCAGCACUGCCAGCCAGCUGUUAUAGUUUUGGUUUUGUUUUCAGUUAACAAUUAAAUAACUUGCGUACUUCCUUUUUAAAUAGAGUAUUUAAUUAAACAACCGUCAAAAAAAAGAUCUAACUCGGGCAUCAAAUACGUAGAAAACUAUUUGAUCCGCGUUGCUGCCAUUUUAACCAAAUUCGGCACUAGCAUUUGUUAUGUCGUGGUCAAAUGCACUUGUCAAAGAAAUCUUAAAACCAGAAAGUUUGAUAAUUUCAUCAGAAAUCGCAGUGGUUAUAGCAGACAAGUUUCCCAAGGCGAGGCAUCACUACCUGGUGUUGCCCUUGGCAGAUAUUCCCAGCAUCUUUCACUUGAACCGCAGCCAUCUGCCGCUCCUGGAGGAGCUUCAUCUUCUGGCCAGGAACGUUGUGGAGGUGAAAGGGCUGCACUGGCAGGACUUCAACGUGGGGUUCCACGCGGAGCCGAGUAUGCAAAGGCUCCAUUUGCACGUCCUUUCCAGGGACUUUGUAUCACCCAGUUUGAAGAACAAAAAGCAUUGGAACUCAUUCAACACCGAGCUCUUUGUGCCCUACACAAGUAAGGCUUUUGAAGCUGGCUUUAUGCGGCAACUGGAGCACCAUGAGCAAACAAAAGAAAUCGAAUACUCUGAACUGUAUUCCCAACUGGAGAAGGAGAAUAGCAUUUCGAGACUUUCGAAAUCACUGAAAGACGAGCUGCUGGCCAAGCCACUUAUUUGUAAUCAGUGCGAGUUUGUGGCGAAAAAUUUGCCAACACUCAAGGAGCAUCUGGUGGCGCACCUCCAAGAUCCAAAAUCCAUUCGCAAGCGAACUACCAGUGAGAACAAAAGAACCAGUUCCUCCCCAUAA